AUGGAAGCUGAAUCGGGCGAGAGCCCGGAGGAGCUAGUCAGGCUCCGCAAGGAGCGGUCUUUGCUGCUGGGGGAGCUCGGCACGCUGCGCGCGAAGUUCGAGCUCACGCUGCAGACGCUGCGGUCCUUGUUGGGGCUCCACCUGAACUGCUCCUGGGCAGACAUUGUGGAGCAUGUAGAAUUACUUGCGCGGCUUGCUGAUGGCCACAAGGGCCAAGUCAAGUCGAUCAAGGAGGAGGAAGAGGAGGUGGACGAUGAGGAGACGGAGAUGGAGGAGCUCCGACAGCUACUCCUGCAAGCAGAAAUGGACCUGGAUGAAAAAGAGCAGCAGCUAGAAGAGCAAUGCGCUCGCGUUCGGGACCUUUCUGAUGUGCUAUCCAAACAGCAAAACGUCUUGGACAUGACAUGUGCGCAACUGUCGAACCAAAACGAGCAGAAGGACUUGGUGAGCAAGCAGCGAGACGAGCUGCUGCGGACCGCAGCUGAGCGUGAUCGGCUCAGCGAUGAGCGAAAUCGUUUGCGCGAGGAGACACGAAAGCUGCGGGAGCUCAGCACCGUUCAGCAGAAGCAUCUCCACGAGAAGGAGAGUCAACUGGCUGUCGCCGAAGCCUCCCUGGUGGAGAAACAAACAAGCCUGGUGAGGAGGGAGCAAGAGCUGGGAGACCUGCAAGCUGAUCACCAGAGGCAGCAAGCAGAGAUCGAGGAGCUUUGUGACGUGGUCGCCUCGCGUGAUGACGAGGUGGAAAGAAUACGAUCGCAAUUGGAAGUGUACGAGGCAGCAGACAGGAGGAAGCAUAGCUACCACCCUAGCCCUAGUGACGCCUCGUUGGUCGGCCGCCUGGCGUCAUCGCGGAGCGGACCCUUGGAAGACUUGGGCUCUGG